GCCUUCUUGAGUCACUGUUGUACCUGUCCUGUAAAAUUAAUUCCUGUAUUGCAAAAGGGACUAGCAUAUAAAAGGAAAGGCUAGAGCUAGGGGCAGCAGAUUAUACUUCAAAGCAAAGCAGGAGAAAUUACAAUGGCUUUGGCACUUUUAUUUCAAAGAAAACUCAAAGAAGUGGUUCGCAAGAGAGACGAGACUUUAGACAUCAUUCCUAGUCCACAGGAACACGUGUAUAUCAGGGAAUGCAUUGACUGCAAGUUCCUUGUGGCUGGACCUACAACCAAAUUUACCAUUGAAAACUGUGAUAAUGUAACAGUUGAAUUUCAAAGCAAAAUUUCAUCUGGAAUAAUGGAGGUCAUUCAGUGUAGCAAUACUACGCUCACUGUUGCCAAAGAGACAAAAGUGCCUACAAUCACUAUUGAUCGCAGCUCAUGCAUUCACCUUCAUCUUCACGAACCUAACGUUAUGUCAAUCAUACAUACUGUCGGUGUGCUUGAUGUCUUUGUCCACUUUGAGCCGCCUUUCAUGACUGAGCAGAAAGUAGAUCAUCCACCACAAGAAGACGGAGAGUUCAUGACAAGAUGCUCUGUUGGCAAACUGAUGACAGAGAAAUGUAUCAGAGAGGGAGGCGGCUAUUUAACUACCGUCAGAGAGAAGGAGAUCGCUGACAAGAAAGUUGCAGAAUUUGAAAAGAAGAUGGAGGAGAUGGUGGCAGGUACGAUUGGCAAGAAACCCAAACCAGUCGCCACAAACGACAAGAAGGACACACCCAAAACCACUCCCACUCAAGCCUCACCAAAAAGCAAACCAGUAGACGUUGGAAAAGAUGGCUCUUUAGCUGACGCCCUCCAAAAAGGAAAAGACAAACUCAAACAUGCAGAAACUGUUGAGAAGCACCUGCCAGUGGUGGGUGUCGGGAGCUGUGGACGUGGUCAAGGAAACCAGUACAAUAUAUCAGACGAUGCGGAGAAGAAGGAAUAUUUUGAUGGAGAAGAGGCCCUGGAUAAGAAAGUAAAGAAGAUUGCUGAUUGGGUUCGAGGGUCUAAGCACACCAUACUGUUCACUGGAGCUGGUAUUAGUACAAGUGCUGGUAUACCUGAUUUUCGUAGUGGAAUGAAUACAGUACUAGCAACAGGUCCAGGAGUUUGGGAAGUCCGGGCUCAAGGGACGAGUCGUCCAAACACUAAGAUCACUCCAAUACUGCAGGCCUCACCAACACCAACACACAUGGCCAUUGUAAAACUACACGAGUCAGGUCUAUGCAAGUUCACAGUGAGUCAGAAUGUUGACGGUCUCCACAGGAGGAGUGGCCUCCCUCCAAACCAACUCUCAGAGAUGCAUGGAAACACUAACAUGGAAACGUGCAAGAAAUGCGGCAGACAAUAUCUGAGGGACUUCCAGACCAGGGAGGCUGAGCAUGUGUUUGACCACACUACCUCAAGACUAUGCGAUGAUCCGGCCUGUAAGGGUCAGCUCAAAGACUCCAUCAUUAAUUUCGGUGAAAACUUACCUCAAGGGGAACUGACAAAGGCAUUUAAUCAUGCCCAAAAGGCUGAUGUGUGUAUUGUACUUGGAUCCAGUUUAAGGGUCAGACCAGCUUGUCAAGUCCCUGAGGUGGUCGCUGGUAAUAAGGGAAAAGUUGUUAUAUGCAAUUUGCAGAAGAUCCCACAGUUUCCAGAGAGCAAUAAUGUACUUCCGGUCUAUUCCAUGUGUGACACGUUUAUGAAGAAACUCAUGCAUGAACUUCAGUUAGAGAUUCCGAAAUUCUUACUCCAUCGCAGAGCCAAAGUGACAAGCAAGACAAAAGGUGACAAUUUGGAGGUGACAGUAAACGGGAUUGAUGUUGAUGAGGAUAUACCUUAUUCAUUUAUAAUGGCUGCAAGUUGUGGCGGUAAAAGGAUCGCUAAGGCUCCAUUUACAUUUUCAGUACCAGCAGGAGAGGCAGGUAGUCAGCCUCUUCAGAUCAAGUUGGAGUUUCUGGGUCAUUAUGGUGAGGGACCUCUCACUUUGGAGUACGAACCAGCUCACAAAACCUGUUUGUACUGGCUAUCAUACGACAUGAGCGAAGGAGCAUGGCAUCAAAUGAAGAAACAAAAUCAAUAGGUGUUGUAAUAGAACAAGAAUAAUAAUUACAUAUUAAUGAUUAUUUUUAUUUACGGUAUUAUUAGUGUUGAUUAUUUUAUGAUUCAUUUUAUUGUUAGUGUUUUUACAGAUUAAUAUUAACGAUUUGCAGUAUUAUAAUGUUGAUUAUUUUAUUACAUUGUCAUUGUUUUUAGUUGUUUGCUAACUUGAA